AUGAGAAAGUCAUAUUCAGUCUCUGGCUCUAGCAGCAGCACCAGGAGUUCCUUUGCACCAAAUAGCAGCUACUCUGUAAACAGAUCCAGUUAUGGUGCUGGAGCUGGAGCUGGAGCUGGAGCUGGUGGUUUUGGUUCUGGUAUGUCUUCAAUGGGUGGUAGUUAUGGAUUUAGUUCUAGCCAAGCAGGCGGAUACAUUGCUCCACAGAUUACUGCUGUCCAAGUCAACCAGAGCCUGCUGGCCCCUCUGAAUCUGGAUAUUGACCCAUCCAUCCAGGUUGUCCGCACCCAGGAGAAGGAGCAGAUCAAGACUCUCAACAACCGCUUUGUCUCCUUCAUCGACAAGGUUCGAUUCUUGGAGCAGCAGAACAAGAUGCUGGAGACCAAAUGGAGCCUCCUGCAGGACCAGACCUCCACCCGCUCCAACAUUGAGGGCAUGUUCGAGGCCUACAUUGCCAACCUGCGCAGACAGCUCGACGGGCUUGGCAACGAGAAGGGCAAGCUGGAGGGAGAGCUGAGAAACAUGCAGGGCCUGGUUGAGGACUUCAAGAGAAAGUAUGAAGAUGAAAUCAACAAACGUGCAGCUGCAGAGAACGAGUUUGUGCUCCUGAAAAAGGAUGUUGAUGCUGCCUACAUGGACAAGGUGCAACUAGAGGUCAAAGCUGAUGGUCUUCAGGAUAAGAUCAACUUCCUCAGGGCCGUCUAUGAGGCUGAGCUUCUUGAACUGCAGGGCCAGAUCAAGGACACCUCUGUCAUUGUGGAGAUGGACAACAGCCGUAACCUGGACAUGGACUCUAUUGUGGCUGAAGUGCGUGCUCAGUAUGAGGACAUUGCCAACCGCAGCAAGGCUGAAGCAGAGACCUGGUACAAACAGAAGUAUGAUGAGAUGCAGAGCUCUGCCGGACAGUACGGUGAGGACCUGCGCUCAACCAAGACUGAGAUUUCUGAGUUGAACCGCAUGAUCGCCCGUCUUCAGAAUGAGAUUGAGGCUGUCAAGGGACAGAGGGUCAGCCUGGAGGCUCAGAUCACAGAGGUGGAGGAUCGUGGUGAGCUGGCAGUGAAAGAUGCCAAGCUCCGCAUCAGGGACCUGGAGGAUGCUCUGCAGAGAGCCAAGCAGGACAUGGCUCGCCAGGUGCGUGAGUACCAGGACCUGAUGAACGUCAAGCUGGCCCUGGACAUCGAAAUUGCCACCUACAGGAAACUGCUGGAAGGAGAGGAGAGCAGACUGGCCAGCGGAGGUUCAAACGCAACCAUCCAUGUGCAGCAGACAUCUGGAGGUGGUGGUAACUCCAGCUCUGGCAGUGGAUUUGGCUAUGGUGGUGGCAGCAGCUAUGGUGGUGGCAGCAGCUAUGGUGGUGGCAGCAGCUAUGGUGGUGGCAGCUUGUCUGGUGGUUAUGGUGGUUCUGUUACCAAGUCCGCAGUCUCAUCAACCAGUUCCAGGAGAUAUUAA